UUUCAAAUAAUUUAGUGAUUGCACUUUCAAUGAAAUCAUUUGUCUGUUUAUGCAAAUAAUUUAAUGGCAAAUUUAAAUUUUCUUUAGGUUCCCCUAAUGCUAACAUCUAUAACUUAUAAGAAUACACAGAUUUUUGAACAAAUUUUUUAUAAAAGAACCUACUGUGCAUAAGACAGCUGACAGAGUAUUGUUCUGUGGUAUUAUUUACUCUUUACUCUUUGCCAUAGAGGUUUUCAAACUUUUCGGCCAGGCCCCCUCUUUUGGUCAACCCCAGACCUAAGCCCCCACUUAUAAAAAUAAUUUUAAUAGUCAUGUUUAGAGUAACAAAAAGUUAAAAACAAACAACAAAUAUAGGCUAAUAUUGAUAUUAAUAUUAUGAAUUUGUUUUAAAAUAAAAUGUAUUUUUUAUAAAAGGUUUUAAGUAAUCGGCCAAUUUUAAUGUGAUGGGUGGUCUUGUUUUUAUUAUUAUUUCACACAUUUUUUCUGUCCUACCAAUGCAAUGUUGAUUUUUAAAAUUUUUUUGCGCCCCCUCCCUAUAAAGCUUUCGCGCCCCACACUUUGAGAACCUCUGCUCUAUGGCAUAAGAGCACAUGUUAUUAUCACUGUUCACUAUCACAAGAGACUGAUUAUAUAUAAAUUUGUGAUAAGAUACAACUGACCACAUUAUUAUAUGUUCAAUGUUCAUGCUACUGACCACAAAGGUAGCAAAGAAAAAUUUAAAUAAUGAUUAUAGUAAUAUAGCAUAUUAUUGCAUGGAUUAGCAAAGAUUAAAUAUUAAAUAACACUGUGCGUCUGUUCUUAAUAAAUAAAUGUGUUCUUUGUUAUGUUAUAAUGUUAAUGUUAUUUAAUCUGUACUGUAUUACUACAGAAUAGCGUCUGUUCUUAAUAAAUAAAUGUGUUCUUUGUUAUGUUAUAAUGUUAAUGUUAUUUAAUCUAUACUGUAUUACUACAGAAUAGAUGAAAUUUUAUCUAUUCUGUGCUAAGAUCAUACUCCAUGGUUCCAUACCCAGUGUUUUUAAUUUUUUUUUAACUUAACCAUAAUAUAAUAAUAUGAACUUAACUACUUUUAACUUUUAUUUUGACAAAUUAUUUAUAAAAUUUAAUCAGUAUUCAUAUAUUUAUUGAUAAUGUUGAAAAAUGUUAAUACAAUGACACAUAAUAUGGCGUACUCCAUUUACAAUUUGUUUAAAUUGAAAAAAUAUUUUAAGUAUAUUUUUAUAAUUUCACUAUGGUUACUGUAUUAUUUUGGUGUUUUUACUCAUUUUUUUGAGUUGGACUAUUAUUCUCAAUUUGAGUAUCCUUUGGAAACAAACAUAUCAAAAUGCGUAAUGAGCGCACAGUCUGGUAAUUCUGAUCAACUACCUUGUAUUAAUAUAAAUUUAUUAGAAUAUGAUUUACUGUUAUCAAAUGACACUAAAUGUAAUAUAAAUAUUCAUUUACUAAUAUUGGUUAAGUCGUCAUUAAACAAUUUUGAUAGACGGAGAACCAUUCGACGAACUUGGGGAUUUGAGAACCGAUUUUCUGAUGUACCAACUAGAACGGUUUUUGUAUUGGGAAAGUCAUAUGAUAUAGAUUUAGAGAAACGCAUUAAAGAAGAACAUGAACAGUAUGGAGAUAUUGUACAGUAUGAUUUUAUUGACGAAUACUACAAUAACACCAUCAAAACUAUGAAUGCAAUGAAAUGGGCUACAACACAUUGUAAUGAUUCAAGAUUCUAUUUUUUCUCAGAUGAUGACAUGUAUGUAUCUGUGAAAAAUGUGUUACGUUAUUUGCGAAAUCCUACUAAAUAUCCAGAAUAUUUAAGUAAAGAAGUUAAAGGGAAGCAAUCAAAGUAUAUCUUACCAUCAGAUAUAGUAUUAUUUACUGGAUACGUUUUUCAUUCUUCACCAUUGAGACAUCAAAUUAGUAAAUGGUAUGUUUCCCUUUCUGAAUAUCCAUAUCAUAUGUGGCCUCCAUACGUCACAGCUGGUGCUUAUGUGUUAUCCAAAGCAGCUUUAGUCAAAUUUUAUUAUGGAAGUUCUUAUGUAAAGCGGUUUCGAUUUGAUGACAUAUAUUUAGGGUUGUUAUCAAAAAAAUUAAAUAUAAAACCUCUGCACUGUGAACACAUAUAUUUUUAUAAGAAACAUUAUUCUAUAAGUAGUUAUAAGUAUGUUAUAGCUAGUCAUGGAUAUGGUGAUAGUGAGGAGUUACUUAAUGUUUGGUUGGAACAAAAAAGUAAUGGAAACGCAUAAGACUACUUAUUUCUAUUACCAAUUAAAAUUUAUAAAUUAUUUCUCAUGUUACUACUUAAGAUACUGAAACAAAAUAUAUAUUUUUUAAAUUUAGAUUUUAUUGUUGAAAAAAACUUAAUAAACAUUUGUAAAUUAUUUUUA